UGGCUUUGUCGAUGUGCUCUACAACCUCCUGUUUCAAGGGCCGCUCGACAUUCAACUGCCCAAUGGCGUGUGGCUGCACAUAUCCAACUGCCCGAAAACUCAUCGCCCACCUCAAAGCACGGCAUCCCCAAAUCCUCACACCAGACAUGCACUCUGUGCACAUAUUCCCAUCCAUGGCCGCGUUUGAGGCGUGGUUCACAACCAUGACGCUGAAGACGCACUCUCAAUUCACUGCGCGCCGAACCAGCACGCCUGCAAGCGCCGAGCACUGGGGCGACGAUGUGGGCGACGUGGCCGUGGGCGAGCGCGUGACAUACACGUGCGCGUGUCACGGGCCAGCGCGAACGGCUGAGCGGCAAGUGCGGCGGCAGCGGGCGAGGGAAUCAAAGCACGUGGGGUACUGCCCUGCUCGCAUGUGGCUGGCGGUUGAAGCCACGUCUGCACGCGACACCACAACUGCAACGAAUGGAGAGAUUGAUCACGCACACAUGCAACAACAGCAACAACAGCAACAACAACAACAACAACAACAACAACAACAACAACAACAACAACAACAACAACAACAACAACAACAACAACAACAACAACAACAACAACAACAACAACGCGUGCGCGUGGAGGUGUUCAACUACCACACGCACCCCUGCAACGUGCACGAUGUGCGCAUCCCCGAGACGGUCCGCGAGCACGUGCGGUCGUGGCUGCAGUGCGGCGUGCCGGCAUCAGCUGUGGUCAUGUUGUGUCGCACCAUGUACCCGCCAACUCACCCAGCACACCACAUCACCCUUCGAAGCGUACACAACUUCACCCGUGUAGCCUCCAGCCACGACCGCCACGAGCAAGCGAACGAUCAUCAUCGUGGUGGGAGCGCUGGCUCACGUUCAGGGCACGCACCCGGGACCGCCCAACAGCAAUCUGCUCACGCAUCAUGGCACGAUGACGACGAUGACGACGACCACCACCAACAGCAACAUCAAGCAGGCCAACAAGUUCAGGGUGAGGAGGUGAUGGGCGUGGCUUCCUUCGCUCGCGCUUUGAAUGCGGGCAGUGAUGGCUGCGCAAUCGUAUCGUUGAAGCUUGCAGGCAACGAGACAUUUACCAUCACCACCGCAGUGCACAACAACAACAACAACGGCAACAACAACGGCAACAACAAGAACAACAAAAACAGCAGCAGCAGCAGCAGCAGUCGAGAGGGCGUGUUAUCACACCACAGUGCAAUCAGCGCGCGUGGUGUCACAACUGCAACGCCAAGGGAUCACAACGCCAGCACCGAUGAUGAUGAUGCUGAUGCUGAUGCUGUUACUGCUGAUGCUGAUGGUGAUGAAGACGGUGGUGGGCUUGGUCAGCGCAGCCGCAAACGCACCAGCGCUCACACGGAUUCGCCGACGCCAGCACGGACAACCUCAUCACGCUCGCCGUCGUCCUCCCCAUCAUUGCUGUCCCUCUCACGGUUUGCACCGCCGUUUGGCAAGUCGGAGUUUGUGGCUGUGAUGCAGUCGCCGUGGCAGGUGGAAAUGGCGCAGACACACGGCAGGCGGUUUGCUGCUGUUGCCUGCACACAUGACACCACCCAGCACCACCACCUCCUCAUCACCAUUGCAACCAAGGACCACCACGGCUGUGGCGUUCCCAUCGGCCACUGCCUCACCAGCGCAUCGCGCGAAGCAGCCACCCGUCACCUGCUUCAGACGGCGCUUGCACGUCACGGCGUGACCCCAUCCUCCAUCGUUGUCGAUGAUGAUGCCAUGCAGGCGGCUGCCGUCAUGCACGUGUUUGCACACGCCAGCGAGCUCAUUCUCUCCCUGCCCCAGCUCCGCAAGGCCUGGACUGCUGGCAUUCAACAGCGGGCAUCGUGUGAUGACAUGGCGUUCAGAAUGCGCACGGCCAUGGAGGCGGUGGCUGCAGCAGAAACACCAAACGCGUUUGACGCCAGCUGGCAGACCCUUCUUGAACCAUAUCGCGACAGUGAGCCGGCUGCUGUACGGUUUCUUGAAGAGCAAUUCUUCCUGCGAAAACGCAUGUGGGCACCGGCGUUCCGCUCGCCCGCAAGCGAACGUUCAAAUACAACUGCCAAGCGCUUUCACAACAGCCUGGUGCGAGGGUUGCUUGAUGCCAAGCCAGCAGCCAGCACACGCUGCUUCCUGCAGUUGCUGCACGCGUGUGUCCAGCACCACAGGCGCAUGUGGCGAAAGCGUCGCCUCUAUGGGUAUGAAGGCAUUUUGCGCCGCGGCAUUCAAAACCACUCGCGCGAUGUGAAAGGCAUUCGGACUGCAGACAUGAAACGACUGCCUGACGGCUCAUUUGUGCGUUUGCACUUGGAGAAGCAAAUUCUUGCACGCACACCGCCGCGGUACACCGCAUGACACAAUACCAGCCCGUACAGUUCAAACAAGGCCCCUCAAGCGGCAGCAGCACUAACGACAGCAACAGUAGCACUGCAACGACAAAUGCUGAUGAAACUCCACCCGGCUCGAACGCCAAUACCCGCGCCAACCAUGAUGGCGAUCAUGAUGAUGAUGAUGACAAUGAUGACAAUGAUGAUAAUGAUGAUGAUGAUGAUGAUGAUGAUGAUGAGGAGGAGGAGGAGGAGGAGGAGGAGGAUGGACGUGCACGCGGUGGCAAUGGUGGUGAUGGAAGGACCAGGGAGGCGAGUGGCUUUGUCGCUGAGCGCGCACAUGACACCACACACCGCCACCACCAUCAGCAUCUCCACCACCACCACCACCAGCAUAGGGGAGCUGCGGUCGCAACAAAUCAAGGCGGCGAAGGUGGCGCUGCCCGUGUGCGUCAUAGCGGCGAUAAUGGCAGAGCUUCUGACGGUGGUGUCAGGGAUGAUGAUGAUGAUGAUGAUGAU